UUCAUUUCAUUUCGUUUUAGAGGUUUGCAACAAGCGACCCGACUACGUUGAUGUUUCGAGGUCAUACCACUUAAACGCUGGUUCAUUCGGUUGGCAGACGGCAUCGUGUACAACAGGAACAUACUUCGACAUCCUCGACUGUGGUUGUAACGACCAAUCAAGGGAAACCUGUAGCCCUAGUCAUGCACUGGACUUCAUCUCUAGUACCACAAGAUCUUGGCUGACUGCAACCAACGUCGCCAUCAACGCAGGUAUUGCCAACAUUGACACCAACAGCCGCAUCUACCUCGACGUGAAGAUGACAAUCAACAAGCCAGUAGCAGUGCGGUUCCGCUUCAAGGAAACCGCUGCCCCAUCAAGCAGUAAAGUCCUGCUCAGCAGCAGCAACUGCAAGAAGGGCAACAGUCUCCUCAUCACUACUGAUGAUGAUGGCGUACACUUCCAUAUAUGGUCGUGGUAUGGGGAGGUCACUAAGAUGACUCUAUAUACUCAGGGAAUGGCACGGACAGAGUGGAAGACUGUGAGUAUUCUGUACGAUGGGCGAGAGCUGACGGGAGUGCUGACCUCAGGAUCUAAUGUCUACAUCUCAAAAAUAUAUGCUUCUGACUGCAACAUCCUUGAGUGUGGCUUGAAUUUUGGCACAGAUGAGUCGUCAACAGCAACAGCAUCGAGGUUUAUUGGCUCCUUAGAUUCUUUACAAGUAUUCAGCUGUAACCCCGGCUUCUUCUGAAAGAACUACACGGAGAAGGAACUUGACCCUUUGUUCAAAUAAUACAGGGAGAGGGCAUUUUGAUGCAGAGACAUCUUGACUGUUUCUAAAUGGAGCUGGUGUACUGGCGGCAUUCCUGUCUUCCAUUUGUGUAGAAACAUUUGUAGAAAACUGCAAUAUACAUCAUGGACAGUGACGGUCCACAAGCUGGGGCUGGCUAAACUGAUCGAUAAUCGGAAAUAUAGUCGAUCGGAAACAAUAUUGAUGAUUAUCGAUUCAAAAUUGUCUUAUCGAUAAUUCGUUAUAUUACUUUUGUAAAUGGAAAAGUUUUCACUUUCUCACACAAAAUUCAAGUUUAUACAAUAGACACAAUAUACAAAAGACUUUAUUUAUGGUCUGAUUAUAAAUUAUGUUCAGGACGCUGUUUAUUUAUCAUCCAUGCAACACCAUGUCAAAACUCACCAGUGAUGUGAAAUAUAUUCAUUUCUUUCCGACAUUUUGGCAUUUUUGCUCAAAGUUACGUCUCCGAUAUUUAUCGAUAAUCGAUCGAUAUUUAGUUUACGAUUAUCGAUCCCUAUGAUCUAUAAUGAUAACCAGCCCGACCACAGUCCUUGCCAGGUACUGGGAUCUGUAUCCUGCUCAUCAUCUGACUGGUUAUUUCUCAUGGCACUGGUUGUCAUGAACCCGAUCUUAACCAGUUAUGGGUUAACGUACGAAUUAGUAACUUAAAUAUUUGUGUCUAUUUUUAUAAUAUAUUUUUCACUAUGUCCAUUCUAUUUUUGAAAUAUGUAUUUUAUGUUCGACUAACACGUACACAAUGUAUUAUAUUGUAAUAUAUCGUUGUAUUAUUUGUUUACAAAUUAUUUCCCAGUGAAUUGGUAUUUCGUAAAUACUUACCUUUGUACCAUGUUAUGUUUAUAAGUGAUCUGCACCGGAUGCUGUACACUGUAUUGUGAAUGAUCUGCAUAUGUGUACAUUGCAUUUGUAAUACAGCAUCAUAUAGAUAAUCUGACUUGAAAUGUUUUAUAAUCUGUUUUAUAAUUUCCCACAUUUGAUAAACUUAUCAAUUCCC